AUGUUUAAAGGAAGAAUAGGAGGCAAAGCUCAGCUUGGAUAUGUUGAAACUGAUCCUUCCGGUCGAUAUGGACGUUUUAAAGAUGUCCUUGGCAAAGGAGCUAUGAAGAUCAACUUCAACGGCUCUAUUCAGAAAACCUUCAAUUUCAUCACUGAAUUGUUCACUUCUGGAACUCUAAGAGAGUAUAGAAAGAAAUAUCCUCGUGUAGAUAUCAGAGCAAUAAAGAAUUGGGCUCGUCAAAUUCUAAGUGGUUUGGAGUAUUUACACAGCCAUGAUCCACCUGUAAUACAUAGAGACCUAAAAUGUGACAAUAUCUUUGUCAAUGGCCAUAUGGGAAAGGUCAAGAUUGGUGAUUUAGGCCUUGCAGCAAUUCUUCGUGGUUCUCAACAUGCACAUAGUGUCAUAGGUACACCUGAAUUUAUGGCACCAGAAUUGUAUGAAGAGGAAUACAAUGAAUUGGUAGACAUAUACUCAUUUGGCAUGUGCAUGAUUGAGUUAUUCACUUCAGAAUUUCCAUAUAGUGAAUGCACCAACCCUGCUCAAAUAUACAAAAAAGUUACCUCAGGGAAGCUACCAGAGGCAUUUUACAAGAUUCAAGAUAUAGAAGCCCAAAAGUUUGUUGGGAAGUGUUUGGCAAAUGUCUCAGAAAGAUUGUCAGCAAAAGAGCUUUUGUUGGAUCCAUUUUUGGCUACGGCCCAACAUGAGUCACCAUUGCUUAGUCCAACUUCAAUUCAAAAAAGCAAUUUCAAUGCAAUAAUUGCCAAACAGGAACUUUUAUUUAAUGAUCAAAGAAAGAACACAUUCAUGACAAUCACAGGGAGUAUGAAUGAAAAGGAUGAUACUGUUUUUCUUAAAGUCAAAAUUUCUAACAAAGAAGGGCACACAAGAAACAUAUACUUCCCAUAUGACACCAUGAAGGACACUGCAAUUGAAGUUGCAAAUGAAAUGGUAAAAGAACUAGAAAUUAUUGACUUGGAACCAUUGGAGAUUGCUGAUAUGAUUGAAGAAGAGAUUUCAACUAUAGUUCCAACAUGGAGGGACUGUAACAAUUCUAAGUAUGCAAAACAACAUAGUUUUAACUAUGGUGAAGAAGAUGAUAAUCAUCAUCCUUUCUUCUCGCCGCCUUCUCGAUCUUCUUCUCAUGUUUCUCUCCCUAUGUUUUGUGCUUCCUUCAAUAACCAUGCAAGCCUUUGUGGGAACCAUUAUUCUCUUGCUCAAGAUUGGUUACAAGAUGAUCAUCAAUUUAUGAAUGAUGAUGCAAGCUCAGAAACCUCAAUGAACUCCUUCAAGUGUUUCAAUUUCCAUUGUGACGAUUCAUGCAACGAAGACGAAGACGAUUCAACUCUCAUAGUAGGAGAAGAAUCCUUUUGUUGCACUCCAAAAAGUAACAACAAAUGGACAAGAUUUUGUCCUCCAAAAGAGAUGGUGGAAGCUGGUAUCACCAAACAGUUAUGCAACAUGAAAAUGAAUUCUCAAACUCACAAUCAUAGGAAUCAUCAUGGAACAAAGAACAGAUGCAAGAGACUAACAAGGAUUAAUUCAUGUGUUGAUGUGAGGAGGCAACAAUUGCAACGAUCUUUGAUGGAAGAGAUGCAAAAGAGAAGGAUGUUCAACACGGUUGAUGCUAUUGAGAAUGUUGGGUUUCAAAAUCCAGAAGGAUAUGGAUGUUUCUCAUGUUGA